UUUUUGAAAUGAAACCAUAGAAAUCUACUGUUUACUUUUCAGUAGUGUUUGUGUAUGUUACAUUUUAAUAUUUAAAAAAAGUAUUUUUGUUCAAAACGAGAGUGAGUUAAUUAAUUUUCGAUUAAGAUCUCACUUGGAAGUGAAACAUUAUGAAGCUUCCAUGUGCUUUGACAAUACUUGAUAGAAGUUUAUCAUCUCAUGGAAAAAAAUCCAAUAAACCUGUGAACUCUACCAUAGCUAUCUGUAAGCACCCAAAGGCAGAUAAACAUUGCUUAAUUGUAUUUAAUGCCAAAAAUGCAAAUGGAACUAAGUACGAUGUGAAUGGGAAUAUUCAGAAACUUCACACCAAAUUUUUAAAUGAAGGAAAAGUAACUAUACAAUUCAAGCAUCCUCCUCAUGAUAUCUAUAUUCAGGCAACAGUGAUUUUGCUGAAAUCAUUUCUAAGUAUUUUGCAUGGUGUUAUAACAGGUACUAGCAAGACGAAGGAUUCAAGAGUUCUCAGUUUGUCAGUAAAUGUAACUGCUAAAUUUGUUGCACCAACAAAGUUAGUCAUAAAAAGUAGGUCUGAGUAUCCCUUUAAAGGAUUUCCGCCAACCUUGGAAAACUUAACGAUAGAAGGAAUAAGAAGGUGUGGUCUGGAUUUGGGAAUACUGAGGCUAACAAAGCUCAAAGUGUUAAAUAUUAGUGAUAACAAUAUAUCAACAAUACCUGAAGAGUUUAGCCUCAUGAAAAACUUGAAAGUGCUCGAUAUUUCUAAAAAUCAUUUUCAUCAAAGUUCUUCCAGAGAUUGGAGAUGGCUCAGUGGAAAUCUGUGUGACACACUUGUUUCGUUGAAUAUGGCCUCUAAUAAAUUGAAAUUUUUGACUGUAUAUAUAAUAAAAUUAAGAAAUCUACACUCAUUAGAUGUUAGUGAUAAUCAAUUGAAGGAAAUUCCUAAUGGCAUUGGGUGUUUGAGAAAACUUAAAUCAUUAAGGGUUCAUAGUAAUUUUUUAGAUAGACUGCCUGGAAGUAUCAAAUGUUUGAGACUUGUAGAUUUGAAUGUAUCAAAUAAUAGAUUUGAAUCAUCAGACCAAGAAUCUUUUGUGAACCAAAUACCAAUUUCUAAAACUAUUCUAGCAGCUUCCUUGAAAGAAUUGGCAGCACAAAAAGUUUUGGAGUUGGGAUUUAAGUAUGAUGCAUCAAUUAUUCCAGCAACUCUUGUAUUUUAUCUUGAUUCAGACGCAAAAUAUUGUCCAUGUGGUAAACCCUGCUUCAAUGUUUAUUCAUAUAAAUGUAAUAAUUUAAAUUUGAGUACCAUUUCUGAUGCAGUGAUCACCAACCCGUUGGGUGGAUUAAUUAUCAAAACGGAUUGUUAUUUCUGUUCUCACAAGUGUGCUAGAAUUUAUAAUGUGAAUAGAGUGCCCUUAGUUAGGUAGGACGCACUGGAUCUCAAUUGAGAUAAUAUUUCAAGUUGAGAUUCUGUGAGUUUUGGAACUUAUUUGGAUGGAUACAUUAAUGUACUAUCGGACAUUUAAUAGUGAUCUACUGGGGAAAGCUUUUUGAGUCAAUAUCGUAACAUAAUUUACCGACAUUGCUUUUUUUUUGUACAGCAAUGCAUACAUGAAAUUAAUAAAAUUAUCUCACAUCACAGAUGAAGAUGUGGAUUACUUUGAAGUACCUUAAUAUCUCUCGAUUAUGGUGUCUUGAAUUCUUAUCUUGGAAAGAUUAAAAUUUGAUAUAUAAUUCGAAAGCUAAAGAGAUUUUUGCAAUCAUCUAAACAUUGCAUAAUGGAAAAGCGGCGUGUACUUGUUAAAUUGAAUCUGAUCAAUUGUUAUAAUAAUGUCUGAAAUAUUUAUGGUUAGUUCUAAUGGAAACACAAUAACAAUAUUGUGAUGGUCUACUAUAUUGUAUGUAGCCUGGAAAUGAGCAAAAAUGAUUUUUCGCUAUAUCUUCUAAUGGCUCUUUUUCAACUGAAUUGCCAUCAUUAGUAAAUCCAAAUAACUCAAACUGUGGAAAUGACUUAUUGCCAAAAUUUUCCCGUUGAUAUUGUUUUGACUUAAAGUUAAUGCUUGGAUGUUAAUAUUCUCUUUUCAACUCUAUAGGCAACUGAAUAAUACUGUAUAUACUCAUUUAUUUUCAGGGGCUAAUAAUGAUUAUUUUGGUGUAUAUAUUCAGUCAUUAUAUUUAAAAAAAAUGCACGUACUAUCAUUCUGAAUAUAUAAGUGUUCGUUGAAUUUUACAUUUGUAGUAAUUAUAAAAUAAAAAAUUGUGCCAUACACAAUUCAAUAUAGUAUGUUUGAUAAUACUAAUGACAUUGUGUAAGUUUAUUAACUCUCUAAAUAUACGUAUUUAAGUGAAGAAGGUACAAUUAGAUGCAAGCAUGUCUGUAUCAUAAUUCAAUGGUUUUUUUAUAUCAUCUGAAUCUGAGUAAAAUUCUUCUUUCUUUCUUAAUAUUUCUCAAGAAAGCUAUAUUUAGCAUUGCAGAUUUUUUUGAAUCAUUCAAAAUGAAAUAAAUUGAAGAUCAUUAACGUCAGAUAUGUAAAAUUGUUUCAUCACAGUUUGAACCAAUCUCAUUGGUUCGCACGGCCAUGCAAUUACUAAUAGAAAUUAUGUUUUUUUAACUCAAGCUUUUUUAAGUAGGUACAACCGUUUCCUCAGUGUACAUUGGAAAUGUAAUCAGUUAAUUCAAGCUAGUGCCUUUUUAUAUGAAUUUGAUAAUUCUUACAUUUUGAUGAAAAUAUUAAUGCACUUUAUCCGUAGUUUUUGUGAUACAUAUUCAUAUUUUGAUAAUAUUUAUUGUAUGAAGGAACUUGUUCAGUUUACAAUUCAAUGUAAUUUUAUAAGUAUACAUAUAUUCUUCCUUUUAUAUUGGAAUAUGUAUUAUAUCUAUAUAUUCAUUGUCA